AUGGCUUGUGCCGCUUUUCUCCUCAUCUUCACCGUCCUCGUCAUUCUGCCAAAUCUCUCAGAAAAUUGUGCAAGUAACGGGGUCUGCGGUGGAUAUGGCGGUUGCCCUCCACCCCCACAACCCUCAUCAUGUUCAUGUCCUGGUUCGUAUGGAUGUGGACGAUUUGGAUGUUAUCGAACGAGGGCAAGGGGAUCAAAGCUUUUCGUGCCACACCGAAGCCGUUCGCGCAUCUCGAAGCUCGAAGCAGACCGAGAAAUACUAAGGAAAAAACUGCAAGAGAAAACGCAAAGUGGAUCGGAUAAUCUCCUUAGCGAAAUCUCAGAGACAGCGGCCGCAAUUCAAAGAAGUUCACAUGGACAACCAUUUAACCCAAAUCGAGCUUUCAUGGAGUGUUGCCUGGAUCGAAAACUUCCGGAUGCUUGCCUUCAAAAGUGCAACUUUAAUUCGUACAAUAAAGAUGCGUUAACAAAAAUGUACUUCAAACAGGACGCAUGCCCGCUUGCAGCCAUGUCCGAGAUUCAAUUCUGCGCUGCAAUGGGCCGUGAUCACACCGAGUGCUGUGCUCGAAAUGGAGUCACCACAACGCUAGCCGGCUCAAAAUGUCUUCUCUUUUGUGAUCAGAAACCUGGCCGUGUCACUCCACUUGAUCUCAGCUAUGUUCCAUGUUUUGAUCGUUUUGAAAGCAUGAAAUCAUGUUUCUGGCAUGAGCUCUCUACAUUCUACAGAAUUCGA